UUCACCCGAGUGCGGCGAACUUCCUGGGGGCUUGGUGCACACACACACAGCUGGCAACAGAGAGCUGACAGUCAGGUUAUCAUAAAAUGGCUAACGCUACGCUCCAGUCGUUCAAUGUCUUCCUCACGGAGAGGUUAACCGCAGCUGCAGUGGACAUCUACGGGUUCGUGGAGAAGACCAUCGUGGACUACCAGGAUGAAGUGUACCAAACCAAGCUGGAGAACCAGAGGCUGCAGAGGCUGCUGGAUCUGGUCUAUAAGCCGGAGAUAAGGCUGCACAGAACAGAUACCAAACAGCCAACUACACUGCCACCUUCGGAGGAGACGCUACCCAGACAGCCGGAGUGGAUCCCCGGGGUGUGCCAGGAUGAACCGGGACCCUCCCAGAUUAAAGAGGAGGAAGAGCAGCAGAAAGAGGAACUGUGGAUCAACGGGAUCAACGAGCCACCUUCAGCAGACGAGAGCGAUGACGGCGACGCCUUGACGAAAGAACUCAUAAAAACGGUGCAACAGUUAGAAGACUGCAGAGCCGCAGAGGAGGGCAGAGAGUCAGAGCCGGCCCCUGCAGAGGAUCCAGAACCCUCUGAAGAGAAGACCAGCACCACCUUGUACCGCUGCCACAUAUGCAACUACAUAUUCACCAAGAAAAGUGUGCUUACCUGGCAUCUCAAGACGCACGAAAGCAAGUCACAUGACAGCAAGGGGAACUUUGACUGUCACAUAUGUGGCAAACACAUACCCUGUCAGAGCAAUCUGCAGAACCACAUGAGAGUGCACACCGGAGAGAGACCCUACAGCUGCCAUUUCUGUGGCAAGUGUUUUAAACUGAAAGGACACAUGACGGAACAUAUAAGAACUCACACAGGAGAGAAGCCUUUCAGCUGUCACAUCUGUGACAAAUCCUUCAACAGAGGUUCAACUCUGAGAAAACACGUUUUAGCCAAACAUAAAGAGGAGAGACCGUACAAAUGUGGGGAUUGUGACGAGUUAUUUACAGAGAGGCUGCUGAUGAAGAGGCACAUGCGGAAAGUACACGGAGUCAAACUGUCCACGAGUCAAAGUCCUGCAGAGCAGACGCAAUGAUGCCGCAUGUUGCGUACAGUCCAGAGUCAUAACGACUAAGGCUACAUAUCUUUUAAAAUGUUUGGAUACUAGCUCCAUGGAGUUUGGUCCCAAUACCAGAACCUUUUUUUCAAAGUUUGGCUUUUUUGGAUUGUAAUUGCGGUACACUACAGAUUCCGUUUUUGUUGUUGAAGCAAAUGUCAAUGUUGUCUAAUAUAAAUAUAGCCAUACAAGAACUUUAGGAAAGCUCUUUUGCUUUCUUGCCAAAAGUUAGUUGAGUAGAUGUAAGGAGGUGAAAGCUGAGCUUAAAAACUGAGAGCAGAUUAGCCUGGUUCCAUUUCAAAGAUCAAAAAUACACCUUGUUUAGAAAAUAAUGUAUUCCAUCAAGGUAUAAAAUAUAUUUAUUAUAUUACAACAUAUUUAAAAGAUAGCGUUAGAGGUGCUGAUUGGUGUAUUAUUGAACUUUUGACAGACCCAAGCUAGCUGUCUAUAGUUUCAUCCAUUCCUAAUGCUAAGCUAGGCUAACAGUUACCUGGCUCUAGCUCCAAGAAAUGCACACACAUAGAGGCCCAUUAGAUAAACAAAUACAAACAUGUAUAUAGUAUACACUACAGACAAUGUAGCUGAUUGUAUUCUACAGAGUCCCAAUGACUCUUCAUGCUUCAGAACACUGGAGGAUUUAAAGUGCUGCCUGUCUGAAGUUGUUCAUUACUAAACUUCAUAUGUGCUGAACAUUAAGAUACUAUUUUCCAUUUCUUCUGUUUUCAUUACCUCUCGUAAUCAUUCAUAUGAACCUUAAGAAUUGUAUUGUGUGGCAUAAAAAUGAUAACCGAUCAACCAUUUAAAUUCAAUUGUGCAUCAUAACAUUCACAAUGGUGGUACCUUAUCUGUUAACUCGUGACAUAGUGUCUAUGUUGUACUGUAAAGUUGUUUUAUAUAUUUAUUGAUAUUGUAUGUUAUUAUUAUUUGUAUUUGCCACAGUCCAGUUCAGUAUUAUGGCGUGUUGUAAAACCAGCUACAUGAACGUGAAAUGUAAAAGAAACAGUCAGUUGUUAAAGUAUGGCAAAAACUGUA